AUGGCUAAGAAACCAUUAACAAUUCAAAAAACAGUGCUACUCACUAUAUGCCUAGUCCUUUUUAGCGUGUCAACAAUAGCCUCAAACAAGGCAGCUACUAAACCCAUGCAGCCCGUUUUCAUAUUUGGUGAUUCAACAGUGGAUGUUGGCACAAACAACCACCUCAAAAACUGCACCGCAAGAGCCAAUCACCCAUAUUAUGGGAUCGAUUAUCUACAGUCGAAACCAACCGGAAGGUUUAGCAAUGGACAAAACGCUGCUGACACUAUCGUGUUUAAAAGUUGUGAUAACAACAAAUCCCAUGAGAAAUCGGGCACACCCAAUAAUAUUGUUGGUGUGCUCUACAAUUUACCCCCCACAAUGGGCCUUGGAAGAGUGACACUUUUGGGUGGCUACAAACAUAGUCCGCCUCCAUUUCUUGCACUCCUUAAGAAUAGUUCCAGCUUCACGGGAAAAAUUCUUCAUGGGGUGAACUUUGCUUCGGGAGGUUGUGGCCUUGAUAAAGAAACGGGGAAAGAUCCUUAUGGGGUAGUUGUAUCUUUGGAAGAGCAAAUCCAACAAUUUGCAACUGUUAAAGGAAACAUUACCGCAAUACUAGGUGAGUCAAAUGGUCAACUUUUGCUUCAAGGUUCAAUGUACAUCAUGAGUAUUGGAAGUAACGACAUCAUGUCCUACAUAUUCACUCAUCCUGUAACUCCCGAGCUUUUCAUCGCCAACCUUACAGCGACAUAUGCCAUGCAUCUAAAGAACUUAUAUAGCCUAGGGGCAAGAAAGUUUGGAGUAAUAAGUGUUCCACCAAUUGGAUGUUGUCCAAUUGCCCGUUCAUUCUCUCCCGUUCGUGAUUGUGCAAAGGAGCCUAACGACUUGGCUAUUGCGUUCUAUACACCACUUGAAUCCCUUUUGAAAAACUUGAGCUCUACACUUGAAGGAUUCAAGUAUUCGCUUGGGAAUGCAUACAAUAUGACUAUGAAUAUCAUUGAAAACCCAAUUGGGUUUAAAGAUGUUAAAACAGCAUGUUGUGGGAAUCACACACAAAAAGGAAUAAGUGACUGCAAAAAAGGAGGCUACCUUUGUCCAAAUAGGGAUGAACACUUGUUCUGGGAUGCAUAUCACCCUUCUCAGGCGGCUGUCAAACUAGCGGCUCGUGAGUUGGUCUUUGGUGAAGAUCCGGAAUUUGUGACUCCAAUAAAUUUUAGCACUUUGAGAAAGGCUUGAUCUUUAGAAAUAUGACCAAAAGAGAUGAAAAGAUCAUUAAUUUGUAUCAUCUGUCACAUCUUGUAUUCAAAGUAUGGUUCAUGAAUAAAAUUCAAUAGAUUUAAGUUAUAAUGUUUUUUUGUAUUUGCAAAU